UCUGAGAACCGAGGUUACACAAGUAACUGGGUGUUUAGAUUUUGCUUUUUAUUUCUUUUAUGCGUUCUUGUUGUGUUUAAUGAUAAAAAGGCAUUUAUAGACACAGUUAAAACUCACAAAUUACAGAACUUUGGAUAAAAAAAAAACUUUUUGCUGUUAGUGGGAAAAGAUGUGGAACUGUGUAACGGAAUUCUUCACUUAUGACACAACAAAAUCUGUGGUGGUGAAGAGCUGGACCAUUGGCAUCAUCAACAGAAUCGUUCAGCUGCUGAUCAUUUCCUACUUCGGAUGGGUGUUUUUAUAUGAAAAAGCCUAUCAGGAGAGAGACACUGCUAUAGAAUCAUCAGUGAUGACUAAAGUGAGGGGAUUUGGAGAGCAUCAACACAAGAUCAUGGAUGUGGCUGACUAUGUUACCCCUACACAUGGAGGUUCAGAGUUCUGUAUCAUUACUAAACUCAUCACCACAGAGAAACAGGUGCAGGGGAAGUGUCCUGAGAGCGAGUCGAAGUUUAAAUGUGAACAUAAUGAUAACUGCACAAAAUUAAUGUCAAGGCCAGCUUUGAAUUGUUUGCUAACUGGAAAGUGUGUGCAGUUUCACAGCAGUACUUCAGAGAAGUACUGUGAGAUCAGAGGCUGGUGCCCUGCAGAUACAGAUGAUAUCCCAAUUAAACCCAUGAUGGAGGUGGAGAACUUCACCAUAUUAAUAAAAAACAGCAUCCGCUUUCCCCGCUAUAACUUCACAAAAGGAAACUUCUUGCCCACCAUCAACAGCAGCUAUGUAAAGAAGUGCAAUUUUGACUUUGAGAAAAAUACCUACUGUCCAAUCUUUAAAGUGGGAGAUGUGGUCCGGUUAGCCCACCAGAAUUUCACUACGCUCGUCAACAAAGGCGGGAUGAUCGGCAUAAAGAUAUCCUGGGUUUGUGAUCUGGACAAAUCAGAGGACGAGUGUGAGCCAGCGUAUUUUUUCACUCGUCUGGAUAUAACAUCUGAGAAAAGCAGUGUAUUAUCGAGUUACAGCUUCAGGUUUGCUAAGUAUUUUAAGAUGGCAGAUGGAACAGAGUUCCGCACUCUACUGAAGGCCUACGCCAUCAGAUUCAAUGUAAUAGUCACCGGCAAUGCAGGGAAAUCCAGAAUGAUUCCAGCUCUGUUUUAUAUGGUGCUAUUAAUAUUUGUGGGGGCAGUUCUUUGGGAUAAGAUCCUUCUGAAUUUUCUGAAACUAGCAAAGAAAUCUGAGGAGGUGUCAGACGCACAUGAAUAAUCUUCCAGAUAAAGAAUCAGAGUCAGUUGUCAAUCAGACCUGAGGUCAAGUUUUCUAAUUACUUGCUUUUAAGUCAAUGCAUGUUGAUCACAAUGCCAGUCACAUAUUUUCUUAUUAGAAAGUGAUCUAUGCUCUUAAUUUAGUUUGAUUAAUCACAGAGCAUGUAAUUAAUUAGAUAAUCUUUUAUUUGCUUGACAGCACAAUUAUAAACAUACAUUUAGUAGAAUAUUCAACAUAAAAAGACACAUUAAUCAAAUUAGUUCAUGAUCUAUUUACAGUUACAGCUAUUUACAGUUUAAUGUUUUUCAGUGAACAUCAAGACUAUACAGAUACAUUUAUCAUAUGUAGAGUUGGCAUUUACAGAAGACACCUAAAGUUGUCUCAUACACUGAUGUGUUUUUGGAUGUCUGUGUGCAUGUGUUUACUUAUUCAUUUACAUUAUUCAUUACCACCAACUGUAUAUAUUCUUUGCUUUCUCAUUUUGUAUUUUUUAUGAAGUUUUUAGUGAAGUUCCAUUUAAAUCCUAAAAGUCUUUUUCACCUUUGUGGCUUAAUAGCGUGAUCAACAAAUUGUAUCAACCACUAGGAGCAGACACUUAACUAAUUAGCUAAUGUGGCUGUACAUAAAAUGUACAUAAAAGUAUGGAUAAAAAACUUUUUUUUAGUUAUUGUUACACUAUUUCAUAGCAUAGUACAUCUUAGUUUGUGUUCAUUUAUUUAUUUAUUUUCAAAUUUAAUGUCACAAGGCUUUUUUUUUGUACAAACUUAUAUAGAGCAGACCUUUCAGUUACAUGAUCCAUAGUGCAAGCAAUUAGUAAGACAAAUACCAUUAUUUACAUGUUUAAAUUAAAAUAGCUUCAUAAAUUAAGUAUGUACUGUUUAUGUUUGAGAGUAAGUAUCAUUGGCUGUAUAUUAAGUUUUAUAUACAUACUAAAAGUAUUUUUGUCAUUUAUUGCCUCAUGGCAACAUUAUGCAGUUACACCACUUUUAAUAGAGCAAACAUUAAAAAGCAGUGGUUCACAACUCAAGCUUGCAUGUUUUAGAUACUUCCCUACUCCAACACACCAUGAUUCAAAUUUUUGUUUAGGGUAAUAUUAAUUGUCAGUAAUAUCAUUAAUAGUAAGUACCAGUUUAUUUUCAUGUGUUAGUAUAUCUAAUACGUAAGUGCAUUUCUGAUGUAUAUUGUACUGUACUAUUUGUGAAUAAAACUAAUUUAAGCA